GCCUGCGGCCCCGGAUUGCUUGUUUUGUUUCUAGAAACAACCUCAUCCCACACACAAGCUUCCGCCCUAUACACUCUUAACUACCCCGCCCGGCGCUCCGCUGCAUUGUCAGAGUUAGUGGCGCCAUUCGUGAGACCGCAAUAGUCAAUUAGCCCAUACACAUACACACCCGCCAUUACCGCAUCACUUGACUCCCCUAUCCCGCCACCACCGGACAGCCACGGCUACGGCACCAUGCCCGCCAGGAGCAGCACAUACCUAAAAUCCAACGUAUCCAUGUCAGAGCGGGGCUUCCUACCGGCUUUGUGGCGCUUCAGCAGUCGCGCCUACAUCCCCGACUGGUUCGGCGUGCUUCUCCUCGCGCUCGCCAACCUCGCAAUCCUCUUCUUCACGCCAUUCCACCGCCUAUUCAGCCUCGACGACCGACGUAUCUCGUACCCGCACGCAGACCCCGAGCGAGUUCCCGUUCCCCAGCUAUUCUUCUUCUCCGCGGGUCUGCCCCUGCUGAUCAUCACACUCUACACCCUCGCCGCGCCCUCCACCUCCUCGAAGUCGCACAAACUGCACGUCGCCCUCCUCGGCCUAUCCACCUCCCUCCUCCUAACCGCGUUCACAACGGACCUGAUAAAAAACAGCGUUGGCCGCGCCCGCCCGGACCUGCUGGCGCGCUGCGCCGCGCGCCCAGGAACCCCGCGCCACGAACUCGUCGACUGGACCGUCUGCACGCAGAGCGACGCGCACACGCUCCACGACGGCUUCCGCAGCUUCCCGUCCGGACACAGCUCUUUCGCCUGGGCUGGGCUGGGGUAUCUGGCGCUUUUCCUGGCGGGGCAGAUGGGUGCGCUAAGGAGAGGCGCGGGGAUGGCGAGGGUGGUUGCGGCGGCAACACCGCUCGUGGGCGCGGCACUCAUCGCGAUUUCCAGGACUGAGGAUUAUAGGCAUGAUGUCUUUGAUGUAUCCGUGGGCACGGGGAUUGGCGCGGUCACGGCGUGGUUUGCGUAUAGGAGGUGGUUUCGGGCCUUGCAGGCGAGGAAGUGUGAUGUCCCGUAUGAAAGAGAGGAGCCGGAGGAGGAGGCAGGGUUUAGGAAGUUGAGGGAGGUCGAGAUGGGCAGGGUAGCCGGGUUGGUGAAUGGUGAGGAGGUGGGCGAUAUGGCGGAUGAGUGGGAGAGGGAGAGAGAGAGGGUGUAGGGUUUUGGGGAGGAGUGUAUGUAUAUCUGGGGCGUUUUUCUUCUCUUCUGGUUACAAUAUCUCAUUUGGAUCUUGGUUUAUAUGGCGGUAAGGUAAGGUACAGCAUACAGGUAGUCGUGUUGCUUGCAUUGGUGGAAUAUUUAUGCUCGAGUUCAGUUACAUACUUUGUACUUGGUAAUACAAGAUACGGUGAGUGUCAGGCAGGAUGCUUCAGCCCUAUACACAGUUGGUGUGCGGUUGUGGCGUAUGGU